GUCACAACGAAUUCCUGUCGUUUAUUGUGAAUGGUAUUACAUAUGUCGUUUUUCGCCUGAAAUGCGACUAUGUUUAAAAUCUAUUACAUUUUUUGGUAUUAUGUAUGCCGUUUUUUAACGAGAAAUUCGACAGAAACAGUCGUAGAGAAUUUUUCAAGUGACAAGAUUAAAAAUUACAAAAACUGAAUAAAAAUAAUUAGAAAAAUGAAUAACAGCAAAACGAUAAAGAAAACGACACCAAAACAAUUUGAAGCUCUUGUGGAUUUUAUGUGUCAAAACCCAAAUAUAGCUAAAGGAUACCAUAAAAACACAGACAAGUUGUCCAUUAAAGAGCAGUGGAAUAAUUUGCAAAGGAAGCUGAAUAGUUUAGGCCCUCCCACACGUGAGGCUGAAGGUUGGAUGAAGGUAUGGGCAGAUAUGAAGAGCAGCGUUAAGAAGAAAAUCGUGCACAAUAAGAUGGAAAGCCGUGCAACUGGUGGAGGCAUUUUCAACCAGAAGUUGUUGACACCUUUGGAGGAGGCAGUAGCAGGACUACUGCAAAUCAAUUCUAUUGUAAGUCCAGAAUGCCCAUCCAUCGGUGUUCAAAGCUCGCCGGUAAACCUGAUUCAAGAAAUUUUGGAGGACGAAGUUGAUGGACACGUCAGCGAGGACAAUGUAGAAGUGGAUAUCCAACCCAAUACUUCCACUCGAAAAAGGAAGCAACGAACUGUGGACAAAAAUGUACUUCUGGAUCAACAGCUUAUAAUUAAGAUUAAGAUUAUAAGCAUUGGUUUCGUCUUCUUCGUCAGAAGAUGAAAAAUUUGCAACACUUAGCAUUUUUAUUUUACUUUUUAUUACGAAACGUUUAAAAAGCCGGCAAUUGUAACUCAAAUAUUUUCAAUCAGCUGAUGUUUUUAUCACUGGGUAGUUCAGAAUUUAUUAAAAUAUGUAGGAUACGUCUAUUACAAAAACACUCACGUCAUUUUUUUUACAUAAUACCAACGAAAUGUAAAUUCGAGUUCGACUACGACUGCUCUCGAAAUUCGACUACGACAUACAUAA